ACAACAACAUACAUUCUGGGCGUCCGUUUAGUUUUUCGUUUUGGCCGGUCGUGAUUUGAAUGUUUUAAAUUAUUGUGUAAAUCAAUUGUGUUUAACUUAAAUUGAGUGCAAUUUGUUUAAAACCCGUGAACAAAUCCGCGACCUAAGGGCACGAUGCUUUCAUUCCGGCAGCUGGUAUGUUUCAUCCUUUCGCUGCUGUCGUUUCUGUCGGUUUUCUACUCCGUUGGUAAGCUGGGGGUCUUUUUGGCCACGCCCGUCAUCCGGCAGCGAGACCACCAAAAUAUUCCGUUGACCACCCUCCUGAACGAUGGCGGUCUGCUGAAGGCCACCCUGUUUUCGCUGUGUUUCGACGGGGUGUGGGUGAUCCUGUUCGUGGUCCAGCAUAGUGCCAUGAAGGCGGAAGUGGUCAAACGCUUCUGGAGGAAGCUGGAAUUGGAGAUGGCCGAACGGAGCGUGUACAACAUUGCCACGUCCUAUUGCCUGCUGAUCCUGCUGAAGAACUGGAAGUCAACGCAAUCCAAUCUGUGGUUCGUAGAUGUCGAAUCCAGUCCGACCCUCUGGUGGACAUUUGUUUCCGCGCACAUCGUUUCGUGGAUUGUGAUUUACGGGGGCAGUUUACUGAUGGACCUUCCGGAGCUGGUUGGGCUGAAACAGGUUUACUACGACGUUAACGAUUUGGCUCCCCCGAUGAGCUACAAAUCGCGGGAACUUCGCUGCUUUUACGGCCGCAUGAGACAUCCUUCCUUUGUCGGGCUGUCCGUGGUCUUGUGGAUCACCAAUUCCAUGAAUCUGGAUCGACUUCUGUUGGCCAUCAUUUGGACCACCUACAUGUAUAUGACCUGGAAUACGAAUAAGACUGAUCUCGAAUACCAAAAGUAUCAACUCAGCCGCAAGAAGGUUGAGUUAACCAACGUUCGAGAGUAGAUAUCUAGUUGCUCGAAGUAGAGACGUAUUUUCCUAAAUACAAUAUUUAACCUCUUGUUUCCGAAUUAUGGACGUAUGUUUCGAAUUAGCCCAAACUCAUAUUCGUUAAUAAUGUAGCUAACAUUUUUUUACGGUGUUCGAUUAACUUAGAUGCGGUUUCUUCGCCGUCAUUUUUUUCGUGUAACAGUCUUACUUUAAACAUUAAGUGAAGAACAAGAACCUGUUCCUAGAUAUUACUUCUACUAAAUCAAACGCCAUUUUUUUCACGUGUUUUACAUUUAUUUUACUUUAAACGCCUUACUUAAAUUUACAUACUAAACACUAAAA